UGCAACUUGCUGCAUCGACUGCGGGCCGGAGGGCGGAUGCAAUGAUGUAUCGACCGGCCUCGAGGUCAACCGAGGUUACCAAAGUUCAUAACGCGUUUGAUGCAAAAGAUGAUUGGUGCUAUGCCAGCGGUGGCUGUCCGCCAUGAGCGUAGAAGGCAAGAAAAAAGGUUGAAGCGGCCAAGUCAGCUCUAUUUAGGAGGGCAAUGGUUACCACCCCUUCAAGGCUCGCCGCCCACUCCUAGUCCGCACGGGCACAACAAUUUGGAGCCCUUGCCUGAGCUUUAUUUAUGCGGCAAGAUAUCUGGGCUGCACGCAGUGGUGGUGUGCCUGUUGUUGGGCGCGGUGGUGCUCGUGGUCGGUCUCGUUCAACUCGUCCCGGGUGCAACGACCACCAACCACAGGUUGGCGUUACUGGUGGCAGGCGCUGCCCUACUUAUACUGGGCUUUAUCUUGGCGGGUGUGAGAUGUUACGUAUUACACUGCGUGCCACUUCCGGUCGAGUCACCGAUCGCGACACCGAUUCCGCCAACAAGCGAACAGGCGCCCGUUGUACCUAAGGGCACCCUGGACCUCCUGGUAGGCCAUCAAAACCAGCCAGAGACGGACGCUUUGAUGCAGCAUCGGGAACAUCACCACCACCAUCAGCACCACAGCUACCAUCAUCAUAACAACCACAAGAAGAAACGCAGUUCUCAGGGUUCACAUUCCGAAGAGGCCUAAAAUACAAACGAACGGGCGAAACAGAAAAGGCGGAACGGAAUGGAGAGGAGGGAAAUGAUCGAGUUACGGGUUUUUGUUCGACGACUCGUGUGAAAGUUGAAUCCGGCGAAGAGAGUCAAUAUCGACCGAGAAGCAAAGGAGAAUGAGGGAGAAAAAAGCUGAGGCUGGGUGAAUUUCUUUGGAAGGGAGAACAAUGCCAUUCUUUCGUAACAUCUUGAAAUAUAUGCGAAAUUUCCUAGAACGUGGCGCAUCCUCUAUGAUCAAUGAUAAAAGAUGAAAAACUACACCGAAAGCCAACCGAAGGAAGAUAAUCGGCCUGACGUUGAGAUAAAAGGUAGUACUGGAGUGAGCAGUAAAUUAUUAACGGCACGGACGAACGAUCUUGCUAUUGUUUGAUCCUCGAAAAAGAAGCGCUUACGUCUGGGACAUUUUGUGUAUAGCCUGUACAUAUGCUAAUGUGUAUAUAGAUA